AUGUCUCUCAAUCCGAUCUCCUCAAUUGCCCUGCAAACCAUCGUGGUGGUCACCACCAUCGGAUUUACCCCAGCUCAGUCGACUUUACGACCUGGAGCCCUAGUAAUCGUCGGUCUCUGCACUGGCCAAUGCCUCUCAACUGCGCUAACAUAUUUUGUUCGUACUCCAUGGGCUAGCCUCGCAGGUGGCUACUCAGUGAUGCUCUUGUUUCAAUUUAUCGAUAUCGCCCUGCUGACAAAAUGGCAAUUUCCAUAUUCUGGGUCCUUUCCGGUCGACUCGUCGCGUGCGGUAUCACGAAGGACUUCCUGGGUAGACCGUCUGCGUUUUGGCAUCUGGGCGGCCUUCAACGCGCGAUGCAUCGGGACCUCUGAGCAAGUGCGCAACAUUCCGGCCUCACGCGAUCAGGGUCGAGACGUUUUCCUUCGCCAAACAGCUAGACUUGUGCUCCUCAGUUACCUAGGUCUCGAUAUCCUUGGGUCGGCGGCGGAUCCAGAGCUCGGAUCACGCUUUCUAGUCGGGUCACGGGUGCCAUUCCUUCGGCGUCUUCCUGAAAUUACGGUGGAGGAGGUCGUAAUUCGCAUCUUUUCUACUAUAGCGGCUGGGAUAGGCCUUCUAUGCAGCCAGGGGGGAUUUUACCAUUUGUUUGCGUUUGUCAGUGUGCUUUCCAAAUCCAGUGAUCCACGAGACUGGCCUCCCUUCUACGGUUCGCUAUGGGAUGCUUAUAGCCUGCGACGGCUAUGGAGUCGCGUCUGGCAUCAGUCCAAUACUCACAAAUUCCGUGCAAUUGCUAGAUUUCUGACUCAGGAUGUUCUUCGCCUGCCGCCAAGGACAUUGUGGUCUCGAUAUACACAGGUCCUAAUGGUCUUUACAACCUCGGCUUUUAUGCACCUUCUAAUUGAUAUAUCGGCGGGGAUAUCCAUCUCUAGCUCCGGGGCCAUGCAAUUCUUUUGCACUCAGGCAUUCGGCGUUCUUGUAGAGGACCUGGUAAUCAACUCUUAUUGCGCUCUACGAGGGGUUGGCCGCAAUCAACAGGCCUCGCUAGCAGAACGCGCCAUUGGAUUUGUCUGGGUGGGGAGUUUCUUGGCUUGGUCACUUCCUUCAUAUCUAUACCCAAUACUGUAUCGGGCUAACAUGGGUCUCGACGAUUCCGUGGUUCCAGUGAGCAUCAUCAGACUGCUGCGGUCAUGGAUCAACAUUUUUUCGCCGACCCUGCGAAUGUAG